UAGACAGUUGCUGUCCUUGAUUACUAUGGAACCACGAAAAUAAAAUCAGUCCCAUACCUACGAAUACUAUAAUCUGACAUAUUUCAUAUUUCUUUUAACUUCGAUAAAGCCAGAAAGAACAAAGCCACCCGCCAUGAUCGAGGACACCGUCUACCGCACCUCUUCCCAAUACCGGUUCUGGUCGUUCACAGAAGAUUCCCUUCGAACCCUACGAGCCAAGACCAAUGCCUCAGCAAGCGAACGUGUACGGACUGCGAUCCAGACAAAACGGCAAUCUGGGUUGUCCUCUACUGGCGACACGCCCGUUUCUACGCCAGGGUCGAAUGUAGCUACAGAUGACGGAAAACUGAAGGCAAAGGAAGAUGAAAUCCAGUGUCUUACGCCAGAAGAGGAGCAGGUACUAGUGCGGUAUUAUUGCGAGCAGACGCUGGAGCUGGGCGAUGUGUAUAAACCGGCUUUACCUACUAUUGUACGGGCAACAGCAAUCCAAUACCUCCACCGUUUCUAUUUGACAAACUCCCCAAUGACCUACCACCCCAAAACCAUCAUGUCCUGCGCGCUCUUCCUUGCCACGAAAACCGAAAACUACUACAUGUCCCUCCGACAAUUCGCAAAGAAUAUCCCAGGCGGCACACCGGAGGAUGUCAUCGCCCCGGAAUUCCUCCUCAUGCAGAGUCUCAGAUUCACAUUCGACGUGCGACACCCAUUCCGCGGCUUAGAGGGCGGAGUCAUGGAACUCAACGCCAUCGCGCAGGGAAUGGGACAACCUGCACCUCAUCUCCCACAUCAAACACCCGAGGAUCUUCGGAAGGACUUAUUAUCCAUCCUCCCACAGCAAGGACAGGCCCAGAGACCGACCUCAAUCACAGACCGCAUCGCCCGAGCACACGGUAAAGCAAGAGAAAUUCUCAAAACAGCCGCCCAAGUGACCGACGUCUACUUCCUCUACACACCCGCCCAGAUCUGGCUAUCUGCCUUCUUCCUCGCUGAUAAGCCCCUAGCAGAAUUCUACCUCAACACAAAACUAGGCCCUGACCAGAAGAACCAAGCAGACCAGUCCCAACAGCAACAACAAAAUUCUCUCUCAGCCUUACGUGGAAAGGUCCUCAAAACAAUCACUCACUGCUCCAAUACUCUCCAAUCAUACAAACCCCUCUCCUCAGAUAUAGAACAAAUGAAGAACCUGAAACGCAUAGCAAAGAAGCUCUACCAUUGCCAGAAUCCGGAAAAGAUCGGUGCCGGCGUCAGUCAAAAGAGGGACGCCAGUGCUGCUGGUUCUGGCGUCUCGGGGGCAGCGGCAGAUAGUGGGAAGGCUGUAUCGGAAUCCGGGCAAACGGAGCCUGUUUCCAAGAAGAGGAGACUUGAAUCUGCAAUGGGAGAUGGAGAUAAUAAAGGGAUCUCAGGACAGGAUUUGGCUAAUAGGGUGAAAGAGGAGUAGGACUGAGGGUUGCUUUCAGUGAGGUGUACUUGCAUAGAUGUGGAUUUAUAGAUCUGUAGAAUAUAUG